AUGUCUCGUUUCCGAGACAUAUUUAGAGUCAUUGGGUGUUCUGUAGAGCUCAGUAAUUCCGAAAACCUGUGGAACAGAUUGGAGAAGCUGUUAAUGAAGGGCAACACUAACUGUAUCAGUUUGCCUGGAGAUUUCCAAACCUUGAAACCUUUGGAGCCUGAAUCACCAUGGCAGCAGACACGUUUGGUAGCUUUACUAGAAGGAUUUGUUACUGGGGGUGAAAUUCGGGCCAUGAAAGAGAACCAUGAUGCUGUGUUUGAAGCCGUGUUCAGGUUGGCUGUGGAAGGUGAAGAUGUGUUCAGUCAUUUGUCAGCUUGCAGGUGCCUGGCAGCCAUGUUGAAUAAAGCACCCAUAGGUUCCAACAUUCAUUGGCUGCUAGAACCUAUUGUUGAAAGACUGAAGUCUGUGAUGGCCAAUUCAGAGUCGCUAUCCCGGAAACAGCGGGCAGCUACCCUGUGGAUUUGGUUGACUAAAGCCAUGGAGUGUAGGGCUCAUUCGGCUACAGGCAUAUUGUCUUCACAUCUAAUCACAUUAUUAAGUGAUCCAGAAAUUGGUGAUACGGUUGCCCAGAAUAUAGGCUUGGUUGUUGAGGACAUUGCGGACAUGUUCACAGUCAAAUUGACAGGCAACAUCACCCCUCUCUACAAACAGCGAUUCUUCACUCUCAAUUUACAGUCAUUGCUAGAGGGAUACAACCGGGCCCAGUCAAGAGAAAUCAAAAAGAAUCAUCUUGUAGCCAUCUCACAGAUUACUUCCAACCUCCCACUCCAGGUGAUGAAACCACACUUCUCUAAGUUAGUUCCUUUGCUCCUCCUGUGUUUGGACCAACCUGGCAAUACCAGCCACAGCCAGACUUUAACCACAUUAUGCAGUGCUGUCAGCAAUGCUCCUGAUGUGGUUACUCAGAGUGUUGACUCUCUGAUUGAUCACCUUCUUUUGCUGACAAAAAAUGAUUCUUCUAUGAAAGUCCGUCUGUCUGCACUGAAGUGUUUGGACAGUUUAGCCUAUCUGCCCACCUACACCAUUGUUACUCAUCAGCAACGGGUAAUUAAAGAACUGGCUGACUGUUUAGAUGAUAAGAAAAGACUAGUUCGGAAGCAGGCAGCAGAGACACGCUCUGCUUGGAUCCUGUUGGAAGAGAUAAAGUAG